UGCUGAAAAAUGGAGGAUGCAGUGGGACUGGACUGAACGGUCAGGAGAUAUCUCUUCAUUUUGAAACAAGACCCGCUUCAUGAGAACAAAGCACUGCGGGCUUGAGAUGGAGUUUUCCUGGGCAAUCGGCCAGGAAUACCGGCGUUUGCUGCUCUCACUUCUGUUCCUUUCAACCUGGAAGGCCGGGAGCGGCCAGGUCCGCUACUCCGUCCCGGAGGAGGCCAAACACGGCACCUUCGUGGGCCGCAUCGCUCAGGACCUGGGGCUGGAGCUGGCGGAGCUGGUGCCACGUCUGUUCCGGGUGGCGUCCAAAGGCCGCGGGGACCUUCUGGAGGUAAAUCUGCAGAAUGGCAUUUUGUUUGUGAAUUCUCGGAUCGACCGGGAGGAGCUGUGCGGGCGGAGCGCGGAGUGCAGCAUCCACCUGGAGGUGAUCGUGGACAGGCCGCUGCAGGUGUUCCAUGUGGAGGUGGAAGUAAAGGACAUUAACGACAAUCCUCCUGUGUUCCCGGGAACACAAAAGAAUCUGUUUAUGGCUGAAUCCAGGCCGCUUGACUCUCGGUUUCCACUAGAGGGCGCUUCCGAUGCAGACAUUGGGGCCAACGCUCUGCUGACUUACACACUGAGCCCCAGUGAGUAUUUCUCGCUGGAAAAACCAUCCUAUGAAGAGCGAGUAAAACGUCUUGGGUUAGUAUUAAGGAAACCUUUAGACAGAGAAGAAGCCCCGGAGAUUUUUUUAGUGCUUACCGCCUCUGAUGGCGGCAAACCUGAGCUGACUGGCACCGUUCAGUUACUCGUCAAAGUGCUGGACGCCAACGACAACGCCCCAGCUUUCGACAGAACACUCUAUGAAGUGAAAUUACAGGAAAAUGUUCCUAAUGGAACGUUGGUAAUUAAACUUAAUGCCUCAGAUUUAGACGAAGGCUUGAAUGGGAAUAUUACAUAUUCAUUCUCAACUGAUAUUUUACCAAAUGUGAAAUCCAAGUUCUACAUAGAUCCAAUUACUGGAGAAAUUAUGGUAAAGGGAUAUAUCGAUUUUGAAGAAAGCAAAUCCUAUGAAAUUCUUGUAGAGGGCAUUGAUAAGGGGCAGCCCCCACUCUCUGGCCAUUGUACAGUUAUGGUGGAAAUUGGCGACACCAAUGAUAAUGUCCCAGUAAUGGAAUUCAAGUCCUUGUCCCUCCCAAUUAGGGAAGACGCUCCACUGGGCACCGUCAUCGCCUUGAUAAGUGUGUCCGACCUCGACUCCAGUGUCAAUGGGCAGGUGACUUGCACCCUGUCGCCCAGUGUUCCCUUCAGGCUGGUGUCCACCUUCAAGAAUUACUAUUCAUUGGUUCUGGACAGCGCCUUGGAUCGCGAGAGUGUGGCGAACUAUGAGGUGGGGGUGACCGCGAGGGACGGGGGCUCGCCUUCCCUGUCGGCCACAGCCAGCGUGUCCGUGGAGGUGUCCGACGUGAACGACAACGCGCCCGCGUUCGCCCAGCCCGAGUACACGGUGUUCGUGAAGGAGAACAACCCGCCCGGCUGCCACAUCUUCACGGUGUCGGCGCGGGACGCGGACGCGCAGGAGAACGCGCUGGUGUCCUACUCGCUGGUGGAGCGGCGGGUGGGCGAGCGAGCGCUGUCGAGCUACGUGGCGGUGCACGCGGAGAGCGGCAAGGUGUACGCGCUGCAGCCGCUGGACCACGAGGAGCUGGAGCUGCUGCAAUUCCAGGUGAGCGCGCGCGACGCGGGCGUGCCGCCUCUGGGCAGCAACGUGACGCUGCAGGUGUUCGUGCUGGACGAGAACGACAACGCGCCCGCGCUGCUGCUGCCCGGGCCGGGCGGCGGGGCGGGCGCUCUGAGCCAGCUGGUGGCUCGGUCGGUGGGCGCGGGCCACGUGGUGGCGAAGGUGCGCGCGGUGGACGCGGACUCGGGCUACAACGCGUGGCUGUCGUACGAGCUGCAGCCGGCGGCGGGUGGCGCGCGCAGCCCGUUCCGCGUGGGGCUGUACACGGGCGAGAUCAGCACGACGCGCGCCCUGGACGAGGCGGACGCGCCGCGCCAGCGCCUGCUGGUGCUGGUGAAGGACCACGGCGAGCCGGCGCUGACGGCCACGGCCACCGUGCUGCUGUCGCUGGAGGACAGCGGCCAGGCGCCCAAGGCCUCUUCGCGGGCGUCGACGGGCGCCGCUGGCGCGGAGGCCGCUCUGGUGGAUGUGAACGUGUACCUGAUCAUCGCCAUCUGCGCGGUGUCCAGCCUGUUGGUGCUCACGCUGCUGCUGUACACGGCGCUGCGGUGCUCGGCGCCGCCCGGCGAGGGCGCGUGCGGGCCCGGGAAGCCCACGCUGGUGUGCUCCAGCGCGGUGGGGAGCUGGUCUUACUCGCAGCAGAGGCGGCAGCGGGUGUGCUCUGGGGAGGGGCCGCCCAAGGCAGAUCUCAUGGCCUUCAGCCCCAGUGUACCCGACUCUGGGGACAGAGAGGAUCAGCAGCCAGCAACUGAGGAUUCUCUUUCAAAGGUUAGUUUAUAA